AUUGCAGUUUUUCUCGUAAGAAGGUCUUGUCAACUUCAAUUCCUAUGUUUGCUGUGAUUUGUAAAGAUCUUAAAAGGUUAUAGGUUAAAAAGGGGUGAGUAUGUGCACAAACUAAAAACUUCUGAAGAAUAUUCUUCCAUUCUUGACAUAAUUUUUAAAAAAAUGUUGUAUUUGUAGAAAGAGUAAUCAGUUUUUCUUCUGCAAACAAAAUAACAUUUUCUGUUAAAUGUACUGUGAAAAAAUUAGUCACCCAGUGUGUCUGUGUCAAGACCUAGGUCACUUUGGUGCAGAAUACAUUGUUACUGUCUACCUCUAUUUUGCUAAAAGUACUGAUAAGACUUUUUUCUGAGCUUACAUAGACACUUUGCAGUAAUUUAUCUACUGUUCUCAGUCUUCAGUUACAGGUCCUUUAUUAAAGGCUUUCAGAAAUUUGUACUUCCAUAACAUUUUUUUUUCCCAUGGAAAUCUUUAUAUGGAAAGAUCCUGACAUUAUCUUAAUACUUGAUCUUAAGUACUGUAGCAAACAUUCCCAGCAAUAAAUUUUGCAAGAUGCUGUAUGAGAAUUUGCAAAAGCAUAAUGAAUAAUUCAGGUAUGUAAAAUUGUGUGAAGAAAAUAGGGGGGGUAAUCAACAGCCAUUCUAUUACCUUCUAAGAACAUGGUUAAGUCCAGAGGUAUGUGCUUUAUUCCAAAGAUGCAUUCUUUCAGUUUUGUUGAGACAACUUGGGUAGGUGAAUUCAGCCUUAUGAUUUGUGACUGUAAGAAAGAAAAGAAGGUGGAAAAUGGAUGUUCCUUUUGUUUCUGCUUUUCUUGCCAUACACUUGGAUUUCUGUCAGAGAAGAGAAGGCCUAACACCAGCUUCAGGAGUCUGAAUGCAUAACGAAAGUUCAGUGUAGGACUUCAAAUUCGGGACAGUGGCACUAACUGGAGUCGCACCUGCUGUCUUCCAUCCUUUGCUCUCCAGCGAAACGGAAGUUCCUGAUGCUCAGGCUUUUAAAGCUGUCUGACUGGUGAUGCUCGAUGUGGUCAGUGCUGACAGAGCACAUGCAUGUUCUGAACCAGGAGGCUGGGGGUGCUGCCCUUCAGAUGUCAGCUGAGGAGCUGCAAUUGGUAGAACUGCUAUUGUGAAGCUGAACUACACCAAACUACAACUGUGCACAGAGUUGUGGCCUCGUCAAGGCUGGCUUCAGUUUGGCGUUUUUUUAAUGCAGGUGUAUUAAGUUGCAGAGACAAAAUGUUGUCUAGUUAAAAUGCUAAUUGAAACAGUUUAAGUGGGGUAUAUUACAUGCUAAUAUACAAAGCAGUGUUAGUCUUCUAAAACAUGCAUGGAAGCACACAUAUUUAAGAGAAUUCUAGAUGUGAACAAGCAUUAUGGUUUUUAUUGGGAUGUUUUGGUAUCUAAAUUCUUGAAUGGGGAAAAACAUCUGUGAAGUUCCUGAUAAAACAGUCUCUGAAUGUUCAACGAGUGUGGGCCAAAUUAUGUUUAAAUGCUUUACUCCUGUUUUAAAGAGCAUAGGAGACUUCCUUUGCCUUCCCGCGUCACCCUGUCUGUAACUACAUUUUUAUAAUGAAACUUGUUGCGUGCCCAGCAACUCUUCAUUGUUGUAUCAUUUACAGCUCUACUAGGAGCUGCAACUCUACAGUUGUUGUCUCCCUUUAACAGCAGGGCCCCAUCCUGUUGCGGCGCUCGCCGCCAUCUCUCCACGACGGCGGUCAGCGCUGAGCGGUCGCGCGGUGGGGGUGGGGUGGGGUGAGGCUAGUGCGCAUGCGCGGCGGGCCGUGGCCGCCGCCAUUUUGCGAGGAGGUGUAUUUUGCGGCGGGCGGGGCCUGUGCGGGGCGAGGCGGCGAUGUCGGAUCCGAGCAGCGAGGCGGAGGCCGGGGGGCGGGAGGCCGCCUCCGCCGCCUCGCAGUCCUAUACAGGCCGCGGCUCUUCCACGCCGGGGCUGGGCGGGCGAGCGGAGGCGGCGCCCCGCUAUACCCUGGGGCUGCUGCAGACGCCGCGCAGCACGGCGGGCAGCACCGGCGACUUGUCCAGCGGAGGGCCGAGGCCGCGCAGCUCCAGCGGGGAAGGCCUCGCUCCCCGCCGGGCUGCUGGUGGUGGCGGGGUAAAGCCGCCGCUUCCCGGACCAGGAGUAAAAUGAUCUAUCACUUAAUGUGUCUGUUUUCAAAAGUUAAUGUCCCGCCAGCCUCAGGAUCUUAUUUUGGGGACAGAAGUUCUUGCAUAGAAAAUGCUAGCACGUUGAAUUUCACGAGUUCUUCUGUGCGAGGCCUGAAUAGCACAUGUGUAGGAAAAACACCCCUCUCUUCUAGUAGAUCUCUUUGCAGAAGCCAUACCCCUCUUAUGGGAUAUUCAGUUACAUCCUCAUCUACAGCCUCAGCUCAUAGUGCUGCAUCAGUUAUCGUAGCUGUAGUAGAAGGAAGGGGCCUUGCCAGAGGGGAAGUAGGAAUGGCCAGUAUUGACUUAAAAAAUCCUGAGAUGAUCCUGUCACAAUUUGCAGACAAUACAACUUAUGCCAAGGUUAUUACUAAACUCAAGAUUUUAACACCACUAGAAAUAAUAAUGUCAAACACUGCUUGUGAUGCAGGGAACACAUCAAAAUUGUUCAGUCUGAUAACAGAACAUUUCAAGAAUGUGACUUUUACAACUGUCCAAAGAAAAUACUUCAAUGAAACAAAGGGUUUGGAAUACAUAGAACAAUUGUGUGCAUCUGAAUUCAGCACCAUUUUCAUGGAGGUUCAAUCAAAGUACUACUGUCUUGCAGCUGCUGCAGCUUUGCUAAAAUACGUUGAAUUUAUUCAAAAUUCAGUUUAUGCUCCUAAAUCACUUAAAGUGCGUUUCCAGGGGAGUGAGAAAACAGCUAUGAUAGAUUCAUCAUCAGCACAAAAUCUUGAACUAGUAAUUAAUAACAGAGAUUCUCGGAAUGGUCACACACUUUUUGGUGUCCUAAAUUACACUAAAACUCCAGGUGGAAGUCGAAGACUUAGAUCCAAUAUCCUGGAGCCACUAGUUGAUGUGGAAACAAUUAACACAAGACUGGACUGUGUUCAGGAAUUACUCCAGGCUGAGGAGCUCUUUUUUGGUCUUCAAGCAGUUAUCUCAAAAUUCCUGGAUACAGAACAACUACUUUCAGUUUUGGUACAAAUUCCAAAGCAGGAUACAGUUAAAACUGCUGAAUCAAAAAUAACUAAUUUAAUUUACCUGAAGCAUACUCUAGAACUUGUGGAGCCUCUAAAAGCUGCUUUAAGAAGCUGUAACACACCGCUGCUAAAGGCUUAUUACAAUUCUCUUGAAGAUACAAGAUUUGGAAUUAUACUUGAAAAGAUUACAACUGUAAUUAAUGACGACACAAGGUACACAAAAGGAUGUCUGAAUAUGAGGACCCAGAAAUGCUAUGCUGUUAAGCCUAACAUCAAUGAAUUCCUUGAUAUAGCUCGUAGAACAUACACAGAAAUUGUUGAUGACAUAGCAGGUAUGAUAACACAACUUGCAGAAAAAUACAACCUACCAAUGAAAACAAGUUUCAGCUCUGCUCGUGGAUUUUUUAUCCAGAUGAGUGUUGAUUGUUCAGCAUUACCCAAUGGCCAGCUUCCUUCUGAAUUUACAAAGGUUACUAAAAUGAAGAACACAUAUAGCUUCACUUCAGCAGAUUUAAUAAAAAUGAAUGAAAGAUGUCAGGAGUCCCUGAGAGAAAUAUAUCACAUGACCUACUUAAUAGUGUGUAAACUGCUGAACGAGAUCUAUGAACACAUUCAUUGCCUAUACAAGCUGUCUGACAUUGUGUCAAUGCUGGAUAUGCUGCUUUCAUUUGCCCACGCCUGCACUCUUUCUGAUUAUGUUCGUCCAGAAUUUACGGACACUUUAGCGAUCAAGCAAGGAUGGCAUCCCAUUCUUGAAAAGAUAGCUAUGGAAAAACCUGUGUCUAACAACACGUAUCUGACAGAGGGUAACAAUUUUGUCAUUAUUACAGGACCAAAUAUGAGUGGAAAAUCAACUUACCUGAAACAGAUUGCUCUCUGUCAAAUUAUGGCACAGAUUGGCAUUUACAUUGUUUGCUACACAUUUCCUGGAACUGUGUCAUAUAGAUGCUUUAUAUCCCAAUGUGGAAAAUUACCAUUUUGAAGUGCAACAUGUGAGAAGCAGUGCUGGAAAUAGGGAGAAAAUUACUUACACUUACACACUCUCUAAAGGAUAUACAGAGGAAAAGAACUAUGGUAAUGGAUUCCACUGUGACCUUAGCUUAAUAAAAAUUACAUAAGAUACUACUUUUUUGCUGACAGGUUUCUGCUGAGUUUUUAUCUCUUUCAUGGAGUAACAACUGCAGAUCUGUAAUACAUUCCAAAUACUUUGUGUGUUUUAAGUAAUUGUGUAGUGUGAUGGUAGUUUGGAAUAUUAUGAAGAACUUAUAAGAAAUUUCAUGGUGUAAAAAACAUUUUAGUAGUGUCGUUAGCUACUUGAUUCACCUCUGUUUGAAUGAGACGAGCUAUUCUGAGCACACAGUACCUGAGCUGAUUUAAUCACUGCUUAUGGAGGCGAGUGAAAGUUCUGGAGAGACUUAAAGCUGUGAAUGCUGAGGUUUGUGUUAUGUAAAACUCUCUUAUGUGUGUGCCAUAAAUAACGAUACAUUAGUUAAAUAGCAGCUUGGACCUUUAUGAUAAGCAAAAAGGAAUCAAGUUUCUUUAAAAAAGAACAGGAAUUUUACUGUGUAUCAGCCUAAGGCUAUUUUGAGAGGUUCCACUAAAGCAUCAGUGUUCUCAGGAAAGUGGGUUUACUUCUCUUUUAACUUUAGAAUAAAUCAUACUGAAGACUGUACAGAUUGAGGGAUUAUGGGUCAAUAAAGGAGUGAGUGACAAUAGAGCAUAACUACAUGUUUUAAAGAGUACAGAAAUCUGUAUGUUUCCAAAUACUAGAUUAUGAAGAUGGAUCCUUGCUUUAGGUGACAUUUAAUCAACGGGAAAUCAGCUACACAUGACUUUUGCAAACUAGUGGUAACUGAAGACUACAAAUUAUUCCAGUCAAGCUUCAGUGAACUGGACUUAAAAUGUUUCUUUGUCAGAAUUUCGGAAUAAGUUUCUUUACCUUUGGCAGCACAAGCUCAAUUUCAGAUGCUACACCACCAGUAACUGAGAAAAAUCUGAUGUUUAGAGAAUAUUCUCAGAGAACAGGAUACCUUUAGUAACUCAGUGUUGGUGUCUUGGCUUUACCUUCCUUGAGCAAAGUUACAUUCUAAGAAAGAGUGAGAGGGCUCUUCUUGACCCUUUUUUGUUAUUAACCCUACAGUAUUAAAGCACCCGGUGAAGCACAGAAUUUCCUCAACAGCCAGGACUACAGGCAAAAGGAAAAGUAAAAAAAUCAUGUUAGGGAAGAAAAAAAUACCUUAUAUCUCUUUCUUACCCUGAGUGUCUGGCAGCUUGGCUACUGGCAACAGAGUAGAAGUUGGAACAUGACAUCCAUAUCCACUGGAUGACUGGAUUUAAUGGAAAGCACCUUUAGCACAACCUCAGUAUUUUCUGGCCUGCCAAAUUGAAAAACAAAACAGAGAAAGCUGUUAAUGCUGCUGUGCCAUUGUUUUCCUUUAACCCCUAAUGUGUCUCAUCCUGCCCAGUUACGUUAUUACCAGCAGCAACUUCAUGUGGAAGCAUAUCUUAGAAGUAGUGUUGCAACAAAGUAGACAUUUUGUUUUGUAACUCUCAAAAGCAUGAUGUUCAUUAAAAAAAAAAAAGUCACAAAAAGAAAAUGUAUAUAAAAAUUAUUUUAAUAAAAAUUAAAACUUCGCCCUUUAAAUAAUAGGCUAAUUCUGGCAGACAUAGUAUGGAAGGUAGGAAAAA